AUGAUUCCAGAUGGAAGCUCAAAGAUACAGGAAGUAAUGAAGAGCAUUGGAAAGCAUUUGUUCAGUGCUCAGCACAGAAGCAUGAUCAGAGUGAGUAGAAAUCAGAUGAGUGGCACUAGUCUGAUGGACCGUUUCUUGCAAGAUGUACUGCGACACCACCCGUCUUAUUGUCAAGAAAACAGAUCAGUGCAACGUGUGAAUCCUGCGUCAGCUUCUGAAGUGAUUCAUUUGGAUGAUUCUCUUUCUGAAGAACAGAAUGGGGAUGGUACUGAAACCGAAGAAGAUAUAUGCCCUGAGAGUUUUGAACUUAUCGAAGUGUUACAUUCCAUACCUAGUCAAUCUCAGCAGUGUACAGAGGAGGUGUCAAUUCGACCAUCAGUUAUUCAGAAACUGGAGAAAGGACAGCAGCAGCCCUUGGAGUUUUUUUAUAAAAUUGGGACUGGUAUGAAAAAAUGUAAUUCAAUAGAUAUUGGUCAAGCUAUAAAUAAUGGAAACAACUUAACACGUCCCCCAGUGAUUUUUAAUGCUCCUGCUAGUCGUUUACCUGAAAGUUCUUGUGAUAGACCAGUCAAAACUAAUAUGACUGGGUUACCAACAACAGCGCAUUUGGAUUCAGUUAACAAAUGUGACCCAAACAAAGUUGACAAACACCUUGAGGAGCUAGACAGGGUCUCUAGAAAGCCUACACUAUCAUUCAAUCUAGAAACAUCUUCAGUUUCGUAUCAGAAACCUAAAGAAUCAAACAGUAGAUCUUUAGAUGUAAAUUCAGAUAAACUGGUUUUACAGAAAGCUGUAAAAUCUCAGGGCGAAAUUUUGUCAGCUGGCUUUAAAUUCCGUGAACGUAUGAGUACGGAGGGGCCCUUAAGAGUUGAUUCUCCUUGUGAGUUAGAAGUAAACUCAGCAGUAAACCUGAAUAAAACUGACAUGCCUUCUAAUAAAGGAAUCUUUGAGGAUGCCAUUCCACAGUACCAUGAGAAAUUCUUUUCUAAUGUGAAUUAUACCCGAGAAGAAAAGCAUUUGAUUUUUAACAAAUCAGCCUUUUUGGAACGGAAGUCCUUAGCGAGUUCUGAAUUGAAAUUUGAUUGUAGCUCUCUUCAGUCAGCAUCUCCUCAACCCCAAGAGGCUAUGCGAGACUUGAGCCUUUGGAAGGAGAUUGACCAAGAAGAUAACAACUGUGAAUCUAGAGAUUCUGAAAUGAGUUUUGAUUGCGGUUCUUCUUUUCAUUCUCUGACUGACCAAUCUAAAGUGACUGCCAAAGAAAUAAACCUUUCCAGGGAAGUAUAUGUUGAUUUACAAUCUAAGAAUAAUAAAUUUUACGGUUCUGAAGUAAGUUCUGAUUGUGAUGACUCUCUUCAGUUGGUUACCAACCAAUCCCCAGUGAUUGUUAAAGAAAUAAAUCUUCAGAAUGCAAUGCAUAUUAGCCUGGUUGACCAAAGCUAUGAAUCUAGUAGUUCUGAAAUGAAUUUCGACUGCGAUGCCUCACUUCAGUCAACUAAUGACUACCCUCAACAGCCUGUAAAAGAAGUAAACCUUUCUAAGGAGGUGCACAUUGGUUUGAUUGAUAAGAACUAUGAAUCUAGUAGCUCUGAAAUAAGUGCUGAUUCUGUUUUUCCACUUCAGUCAGUGGCUGACCGACCCCCAGUGGCUGUCACAGAAAUAAAACUGAGGAAGAAUGUUUACACUGGCUUGGUUGAUAAGUAUGAUGAAUCAAGUUGUUCUGAAACAGGUUUUGAUUGUGAUGUUUCUUUUCAGUCAGGAGUUGAUCAUCCCCAACUGGAUGUCAAAGAAAGACAUCUGAAAAGUAGACGAGUCCACCCAAAACAUAAGAAACGUAAACCCAGUAGUGCUAAAGCACGUCUUGAUUGUGAUGUCUCUCUUGAGCACCCCCAAAGGGCUAUUGAAGAAAUAAAUCUUCUCAGAGAGGAGAGUUCUUACCUUGUGGAUAUGAAGUACGAGUAUCAUGAUCCUGAAAUGGAUUCUGACACUGAUGUGGACAUGACUGACCAUCCUCAAGUAGCAGUUAAAGAAGUGAACCCUCAGAAAGAAGAUACUGACUUGGACAGUAAGAGCAUUCAGUCUAGCAUUUCUGAUCUAAGUUCUGAUUCUCCUGCUUCUUCUUAUCAGUCAGCUAGUGAUGAGCUUCAAGAGGCUUUGGGUGAAGUAAAUCUUAAAGAGCUAAAUAUCGACAUAGAAGUUAAUAGCUGUGCAUGCUCCAGUUCCGACUUGACUUUUGAGUCUGAUCCCGCUCCUCUGUCAGUUACUGAGCGGUCUCAGCUGGGUGUUGGAAGAAAUAAAGAACACAUUGACCUGGAAGAUGAGAACUAUGAGUCAAAUAGUUCUGAAAUAACUUUUGAUUCAGAUAUUCCUGCUAGUUCAGUAAUUGACCAACCUCAACUAUCUGUUUAUGAGGAAGAACCUGUUGAUAUGGAAAGUAAAAAUAAUGAAUCUUAUGUUUCUGAAAUAGCUUUUGAUUCUGAUGUUCCUCUUCAUUCAGGAAGUGAUCAACCUGAAGUAGCUGUUAAAGAAGUAAUCAUUCGGAAAGAAGAGUAUGCACACUUAGAAAGGGAGAACAGUGAACCCAGUGGUUCUGAAAUAAGUUCAGAUUCUUACACCCCUCUUCAUUCGGUGACUAAUUCUCCUGAAGUAGCUGUUAAAAAAUUCAACCUUCAACAAGAAGACCAGUUAUACUUAGAAAAUAAGGAAAAUGAACCUACUGAUUCUGAAUUAAGUUUGAAUUAUGAUACCAUUUUUCAUUCAAUGACUGGACAUUCUGAAGACCCCAUUAAAGAAAUAAACCUUCAGAAAGAAAAGUACAUAGACUUAGAAAACAAGGGUGUUUUUGAAACACAUGUGGAUUCUGAUAUUCUUCUUCAGUCAGUGACUCACAAACCGGGAGUAGUUAAGGAAAUAUGGCUUAAAAAAGGAAAGCAUGCUGAAUUCCAAGGUAAAAGUGCUGAAUUUAGUGGUUCUGAAACAGAUUCAGAUUCUGGUGUUCCUCAUUAUUCAGUAGCUGAACCUCAAGUAGCUAUUAAAAAAGUCACCAGAAAGCAGAAGCAUGUUCUAGAAAAUAAGAAUGAUAAAUAUAGUGGUUCUGAAAUAAUUCUGGAUUCUAAUGUUCCUCUUCAUUCAGUCACUGACCAACCUCAACUAGCCCUUUUGCAGGAAAAACAUGUUGAUCUGGAAGACAAAAACAGUGAAUCAAGUGAUUCUCAAAUAACUUUUAAUUCUGCACAACUUCAGGAAGCAAUUAAAAAAAUAAACCGGUGGAAGGAAGAGGUUGCCGUCCUGAAAAAUAAGAUUGAUGAAUAUAGUGCUUCUAAAUCAACACAUAAUUCUGAUGCUUCUGUUGAGUCUGCGGUUGAUCAACCUGAAGUAGCUGUUAAACCUACUGGAAAUGGAAAUGAAGAGUGUACGGACUUAGAAAUCAAUAACAGCCAGAAUAGUUGUUCUCAGAUGCGUUUGGAUUCUGAUUGCUUGGUUCAGCCAAUAGUUGAUCAACCUCAAGUAACUAUUUUGGAGCAGGAGCACAUCGAGCUAGGAGGUAAGCACAGUCAGUCUUGUGGUUCUGAAAUAAGUUUUGAUUCUGAUGACCCUGUUCAAUCAGUGGCUGACCAGCUUAGAGAAACUGUUAAAGAAAUAAGCCUUUGGAAGGAUGAAGAAGUAGAUGUGGAAGAUAAGAGGCACGAAGCUAAGAGUUUUGGAAUUGUGUAUGAUUCUGGUGUCCUUCAGUCAAUGGAUGGCCAAACUGAAGAAGUUUGGAAAGAGCAUGUUGGCUUGGAAAAUAAGAUUGUUAAGCCUGGUAAUUCUAAAGCAAAUUUUGAUUCUGAUAAAUCUCUUCAGUCUGUGACUAAUAAAAUUCAAAGGGCUACUAAAGAAAGAAGUCUUCUGAGGGACGAACGUGUUUAUCUGGAUAAUAAGGGCUGUGAACCACAUGAUUCUGAAAUAAUUUAUGUUUCAAAUAUUCCUCUUCAGUCAGUGAUUAAGCAACCACAAAUUUUGGAAGAGAUGCAUCCUAAUUUAGAAGAUAAGAGCAUUGAUCCUUGUGCUCCUGAAGUAAGCUUUGAUUCCAGUGAUCCUUUUCAGUCAGCAACUACCCAGCUUCAAAAAGCUGUCAAAGAAGUAAAUCUUUGGAAGGAAGACCAUAUUUACCUGGAAGAUAAUAGCUAUAGACUAGGUGGCUUUGAAGUGAAUUGCGAUUCUGUUGUUCCUGUUCAUUUUGUGCCUGAUCAAUCUCCUGUGUCUGUCAAAGAAAUAAACUUACAAAAGCAGUAUCAUAAUGACCUAGAAAAUAAGAACUGCGAAUUCUAUGGUUCUGAAAUACAAUGUGGUUCUGGUAUUCAUUUUCAGUCAGAAGUUUGCCAGCCUCAGGUGGCUUACAGAGAAAUAAAUUUUCAGCAGGAAAAUCAUCUUGGUAUGGAAGAAAAGACUGGUGAACCUAGUGAUUCUGAAAUGUGUGAUUCUGAUGGCCCUUUUGAAAUAGUAGUUAACCAGUAUCCACCGUCAGACAAAGAAACAAAUCUUCCAAAAGUGGUACUUGUGGACGUUGUGCCUGGUGAUGGUGAUUGUGAAGUAAUUUCUGAUCCUGACAUCCCUCUUGAGUUAGUGACUGACCCACCUCAAAUGACUGUCAAAGAAAUCAACUGUAUACAAGCAGAAUGUAUCGAUGAAGAAGAGGAGAGCUGUGACUCUUUUGGUCCUGAAGUAAGAUGCGUUUGUGAACCCCUUCCUCCAUCAGUGACAAGCGAAUCCGAAGAGAGUUUUAAAAUAAUAAACCGGAAGAAAGAUUAUAUUAUUCUGGGCAAUUCAAAUUGUCAGUCUUGUGGUUCUGAAAUAACUUUUAAUGUUGAUGCCUCUGAUCAGUUGAUGACUUACCAGUCAGAAGAGCCUGAUCGAGAAAUGGCGAAAUAUGUUGACCCAGGAUAUAAGUGCCGUCAAUCUAAGCGUCCUAAAGGAAAUUUUAAUUCGAAAGCCACUUCUCGGCCAGUAACUCGCCGCCAGCAGAAAGCUCGCAAAAAAGUCAACCUUCAAAAAGAUCAGAAAGAUAGGAAAGAUCUAAGAAGUACUGGCCGUAAAGGUAAGAACUGUAAAUCCAGUGUUUCUGCCAAGGACUUUGAUGCCUCUUCCGAGUCAGUGAUACAUCAAAUGCCUGCUAAAGAAACCCGUUUGCAGUCAAAACGUAGACAGCUAAAAAGUGUGAGCUGUGAACCUUGUGGGUCUCAGACGAACUUUCAACGUGAUCCCUCUCUUCAGUCUGACACUGACCAGCCUCAAGAAGCUGUUAAUAAAACAGACCCAUUUAAGAAGGUAUCUUUUGACGUGGAAGAAAACAACCAUGAUUCCCAAUCAAGCUCUGUUCCCAUGGUUGAUUCUGUAAAGAACCUGGAAAAAGCAAAGGAAAUCGUAGAAGAUAAUACUGAUGAACCAGUUCUUGAAGCCUUGCCUCAUGUCCCUCCUUCAUUUGUGGGAAAAACAUGGUCUCAAAUAAUGAGAGAAGAUGACAUAAAAAUUAACACUCUUGUGAAGGAAUUUAGGGAAGGUCGUUUCCACUGUUACUUUGAUGAUGACUCAAAGACCAAAAAGGUUUCUUCGACUAAGAAAAAAAAAAGGGUUACCUGGGCUGACCUUCAGGACACUGCAUCAAUUCAAGCUCCAUCAGAUUGUAAUGAUACUGCAAGUAGUGUUUCAAAAAUUGUUGAGUCUUCAGUGGCCUUAGAUAAACCAUGCCAUCCUCCUCCUCCAGCGGAGAAGCCUCCUGAACAAGAGAGGCAUGUGCCUUCUCCAUGCCAGACUGUGAAAGUUAGUCAUGGAACUCAAACCAAUUUUGUGAAUUUCCCAAUGAUGAAAAGAAAACGAAGUAGACAAGAGGAGGGCUCACCAAAAAGUAAGCGCAUACAUUCACAGGUUAACAGAAAAGCAAAAAAGAAAGUCAAAUGUCCCACAUUUGACUUUCCUGAAUCAUGUACUCAAGUUUUGAGGCCUAUGCAAUCCAAAGCCUUAGUCUAUGUUCUUUCUUCUCUAAAUAUUAAACUGCAGGAAGGUGAAUGCCUUCACUUCUCCAAAAUGAGUUGGGAUAAUGAUAUACGGUUUAUAUGCAAAUAUAGACGGAACCCCUUUAAUUAUUAUGACUCAUGGUUUAAGAAAAUUGUAACUAAUCCUCCACUGAACAUAAUAGUACCAGAGCUUGACAAUCCAAACUGGGUUAAAAUUCAUUUUAACAAGAACAACGCAAACUCCAGUGCAGGAGAUAAUGAUGCUGAUGGACAGAGCUCUUCUUCAGGACCCUUAAUGACAGUGCCUGCAAGAUCCCAAUUAAGUUUGCAAAACAGGACUGAUGACUCUUCUCUGUCGCGAGAAGACUCAGAGUCUCCAAAUGCUAGUGAGGUUCCAAAGGGAGCUCAUUUCCAGCUGAUUAUUUUAAAGCGUGAUAUUGCCGAUAUGUCUCCAAAAUCGAUUAGAAAAGAGUUAGCAGGAAGUAAAGAUAAAAAGAAACUUCAAGGAAGGAAGGUGACAACUGCUAAUAAGCCAGAUUUUCCCCAAAAGGUUUUAAAACCAAUUAUUCUCCAGCAGAAAACCGGAAUAGCUUCAGAAAAACAGUCAAUUUGGAUUCGGACCAAACCAAGUGAUAUAAUUAGAAAGUAUAUUUCGAAAUACUCUGUUUUUUUACGUCGUAGAUAUCAAUCCAGGAGCACUUUUAUUGGAAUGCAGCUUAAGAAGAAAAAAUCUGUUGUGAGUAGGCUAAGGAACGUGAUGAGACCAGCUAAAAUUUUUUUGAACUCCUCAGUUCCACCAGCUGGUGCUGAAGAGCCGUCAAGCGCUAUAUCAAGUCUUUCUCUGAAGCAACCUGUGCGAGGUUUUUGCCGUGUUGCAAAAAAGAAGAAGUAUGGUAAUACUGCAAGAAAAAGGAAGAAUGGUAAUAAAAAAUACAAUAGCAAAAAGGAAAGUUCUUCUGACCAUGUUAAACCAUAUGCUUUGAGAAGUCUAUCACAUUCUUCAUCACAUGCUAAGAGAAUGACGACUCGGCUAUCAAAUAAAUUGAGAGGCAGCGAGAUGAAAUAG